CACCACGUUAGCCCCGCCCCGCUCUCCGCACUGAGUCACGCUGCGGUCACGUGCCUCGUGCUGCCGCCGCUGCUGCCGCGGAAGCGACAACUCAGUCGACGUGUCGCGAAAAAUGGAGAUCCAGAUUGUCAACACGUGGGACGGUGAGCCAGUAAACCACGAUCCCAUGGUGAUGAGCUUGCGACCUCACCCUGAGGGUCUUGGGUUGCAAUUGGGGGUGACAGCACCUUUCUUCAAUGACCCUCCUGCACCACACAGCGACCCAGGCCAGCCAUGUCAUCAACUGUGGGAUUAUGAAGUCGUGGAAAUGUUUUUUUUAAACGACCAAAUGGAGAAGUACCUGGAGGUUGAACUUUGCCCGCAUGGGCAACACCUGGUGCUUCUUCUGGACGGACGACGGAAAAUAUGGAAGGACGACCUUCUGCUGGAUUUUGAAGUGAUGCCUCUCGAAGAUGAGUGCAACGGUGUCCGAAGAUGGCAGGGCCAUGCCCUCGUGCCUUGGAGAUAUCUGCCGCCCGGGGUGUGCAAAUUUAAUGCUUACGCCAUUCACGGAUCAGGGGAGGCCCGUGUGUACGAGGCCUUCUUUCCGGUCCCCAAGCACAAAGUGCAACCCGGCAUGCAGCCCGACUUCCACAGGCUGGAGUAUUUUGGGGAUUUGGAUUUGCCAGCUCUUAUGGGGAAUGACUGGAUCCAGCCCGAUUCUGAAAUUUGGAGCGCUCGACUUGUCGGCAAGCCUUAACGCGAAGAACAACACAGGUGGCAGCUUGCGAUGUUUUUUUUCGUUCAUAAAAUUUGCAUACCAUAACAGUGAUCCAAAAUGUUUAAUUACCAUAUUGUAUGUUGGACACUUUCUUCCCUUGUUUUAAGCCAUAUUACUGGAGGCGAUAAUUUGCCCCUCUACAGCCUGUGGCCAACCCCUUAUGGGACUUGACCCAGCUUCCCUUCCACGAGAGUGCCAGUCGCCGGGCGGGGGGGUGCCUGCCGAAAGUUGAUCCGCCCAGGGACGGAGACCAUGCCUCGCUGCGCCAAACAAAUGCCACUUUCAACCGUGAAAGAUUUGAAAUGUAUAAAACAGAACAAAUAUAUUUUUUAUUACCCCCAACUUACCGGUAACACUUCUCUUCGUAAUUUGUUUUUAUAUACUAUAUGUGUAGAUACAUUACCGAGUUAAAAGGCUGUGUUGCAGGUGGGAAGCAAAUGUUUGCCAUUAAUCAAAGGUGUUCUUGAGCAAAACUGAAUGGUAUAUUCAGGUAGGUGAAGGUUUACUGUGGUCAAAUAAGCCAUGGUGUGGAUCAUGUUGGCUUUGUUUAUAUGAUGUACCUUGAGUUAAUGACAUGUUGAACACGUAUGCACAUUUUCAAGGUUCAUCUUUUGUUUUUUUUUACAACUGGAAGCUUAAAGCAAAAAACUAUUAGGAGUUAUAGAAAGUGCAAAACUCCUUUAUAAACCAGUGCCAUGUAACAUCACAUGACAAUAUAAGUCUUAACAAACUUUACACGUACAUGAUUUGGAGAUUUGCGCAUUUUAAUACAGGUCUGAUAUGCUUGCAUUUCAAAAUGAAUGCUCUCACUGAGCAGUUUAGUGCCUUACAAUAAUACAAUACGAACAAAGAUCCAUCUUCAUACAAUAUGCUUGCAAACAUAGAAAGCGCUGUGAAAUUGUAGCAGUGCCGUAUUUUGAUUUAAAGCUUUCGUGACUGCAGGGAUUCAUAUUAUUGGUUCUUUCGGUAAAGUCACGUAGAAGGGAAACAAUAAAAUAAUAUCAAACAAUAUUGUUUUAUAUUAUUUCGUGACUUUACCGAAAGAACCAAGAAUAUACAGUGCCCUAUUGUCAUUCUUAUUCAAAGACUGUACAGGAAUAACAAAUGCCUACGUAUUUAUUCACACACAUAUAUAAAUGAUUCACUCUUUAGGUUUGAAUGUACACCUUCCUGUAAAUGUUUGAAGUAAAAUGCACUUAGAAUUUAAACACUGAAUUGAAUGCACAACAAUUUGCCGUUUGUACUCACACGCUUUAAUAGAGAUGAAGUAGUAGGUACGUAUCUCAAAUAAAACAAGUCUAUUCGA